ACUCGAGAUCGAGAGAGAGAUAUUCUCAGUUUGGUGAGAAAAUACUAGUAUAUUUUUCAGGUUUGGAGACAAACACAAUGAAGAAAACUUUAUCGGAGGUUCACUGCUUGCUCCUGGUUGUCCUGAUAAUCCUUGUAUCUGACCAAGGUUUGGUGAAGUGCAGCCUCCAACAAUCUGAAAGGUGUUCGGUGAAAGACAUUACGAUAAACCAAAGCUCAUCAGGAACGGAACCUUCGGGGAUUCCGAUUUUCUUGGUUGAAAUUUCGAACGAAUGUUUGUACCCGUGCACCAUCAUGAACGUCCACCUCCACUGCGGCGAAUUCAGCUCCGACAAUCUGAUAAAACCCGAAAUAUUCAAGCGGCUUACCUAUGACAACUGCUUGGUGAAUAACGGGGCAGCCCUCACCCCCGGUCAAGUCCUCUCUUUCAAGUACUCCACCACCCGCAUGUACCCCCUCUCUGUUUUACAUCUCGACGUCUCUUGCCCCACCUGAUAAACUUUAAUCUAAGAUUAUCAAUUUCUAGUCGUCUGGGUGUGUUAGACCUAUACAGGUAUCGGUGUCAUAAGAGAUUUUCAGAUUUCUUUUGUUCUUUGGAGGACCAUGUUGCCGGGAUUCUACAGAAAUAAAGCAGCAUUUCAUUGCAAUUA